AUGGGUGUGGAGGACACCCACGGGAAGUGGUGUGAUAAUCCAUUGGAUAUUCAUCGUGUUGCGGUGGACUACUUUGAGAAUAUUUUUACCUCUUGUAACCCUACCAACAUCUCUGAAAUUAUGGGUUGUGUUCAUCGAAAGGUUACGACGCAGCAUAAUGAAGCCUUAUUACGGGAGGUGUCUACGGAGGAAAUUUGGGUGGCUGUACAAUCUCUACAUCCUACUAAAUCCCCUGGUCCAGAUGGUUAUACUGGGAGUUUUAUUCAUCAGUUCUGGGAUGUUAUUGGACCUGAUAUUAAUGGAAUGGUGAAAAGCUUCUUUCACUCUGGGCGGUUAUACAAAAAAAUCAAUCACACUCAUAUAGUGUUGAUCCCAAAGGUUGGUAAUCCAAGAAAGAUGACACAAUGGAGGCCUAUUGCGCUUUGCAACACUGUCUAUAAGAUCAUUUCGAAGAUUUUAACACUUCGCCUAAAGAAGGUCUUACCAUCGGUGGUGAGUUCCAAUCAGUCGGCUUUUAUUGAGGACCGUUUAAUAACAGAUAAUAUUCUUAUCGUGCAUGAGAUUCUGCAUUCUUUGAAGUCUGAGAUUCGUGCCGGAAGCGCUAGCUUGGCGAUCAAACUAGACAUGGCCAAGGCCUAUGAUCGGGUGGAAUGGGUAUUUCUUGAUGCAAUGAUGCGACAAUUGGGCUUUGACCCCACCUUCUGUCAGUGGAUUAUGGAGUGUAUAUCCACAAUUACAUAUAGUAUACUGAUUAAUGGGGAGGCGACGACCCCAAUCUUACCUUCCAGGGGACUUAGGCAAGGGGACCCCUUAUCCCCUUUUUUAUUUCUAAUUUGCGCUGAAGGGUUGUCUGCUCUGCUUCAUCGUCAGGAAGAAAGGGGAGGCCUUCAUGGCUUCCAGCUCCGUCCCCAUGGGCUUAGCAUCUCACAUUUAUUUUUUGCAGAUGAUUCUGUCAUUUUUUGUCGCACUGACGAACACGAGGUUUCUGGCUUAAAGCAUAUUUUGGAAUGCUAUGCGAAGGGUUCUGGUCAGUGUAUUAACUUUGAGAAGAGCUCUAUCUUCUUUGGUCAGAAGUGCCCGGCAAGGUUGAAAGGUAAACUGGUACAUAUUUUGGGGGUCUGGCAAAAUGAGAAGUUUGGAAAAUACUUAGGGUUAAAUGCAGAUUUUGGUGCUUCUAAACGAGCGGUGUUUGAAACGGUGCGUAGUAGGAUUGCUUCUAAACUUUUGGGAUGGUCGGAGCAAUAUUUAUCUCCUGCUGGCAAAGAGGUUCUCAUUAAGGCGGUGGCUAUGGCUAUGCCGAAUUACUCUAUGUCAUGUUUUAAACUCCCAGUCAGUUUGUGCAAGGAGAUAGAAAGAGAUAUUGCUAAUUUUUUGUGGAAGGGGCAGAAGGAUCAUAGAGGGAUUCAUUGGGUGAGUUGGCAGAGAUUAUGUCAAUUUAAGAAGGCAGGGGGGUUGGGCUUUCGAGACCUCCUCUGCUUUUAUCUUGCUAUGCUGGCGAAGAUUGGCUGGAGGAUCCUUCAGAAUCCGGAGUCCUUGCUAGCCCGGCUCUUACAUGAGAAAUAUUACUUCGAAUAUGAUUUUAUGCAUGUUGUAUGUGGUCGGAAGGUCUCGUGGGGUUGGAAAGGUAUUUUGCAAGGCCGCAGGAUUUUGGAGGCUGGUCUACGGUGGCGUGUCGAAAAUGGGGAGUGCAUUCGAAUUCUUCCGGACCGUUGGUUGGCCACCCCGUAUAUUUCCAUGGUGCAUUCCCGACAUCCUGACAUGCCUUUGAUGGUGUCUGAGCUCAUUGAUAUGACUCUGAGGUCCUGGAAUAUGGAGCUGGUGGAUCGUUGCUUUAAUCUUCUUGAAGCAAAAUGCAUUUCUACCACACCUAUUAGCAUAUGGGGGUGUCCAGAUAAGUAG